AUAGCAAAGGAGUCUGGGUCGGAAGAGUUCUGGCGUAAACAUUGUCACGCAGUUCCGCUGUUCAAGGGCGGGAGCGGCGAUCUGACUAAGCGCAAGCUUAAUACCUGCACACGCUGCAAAGCGAUCAUGUGGCCUGGCCCAAAGGGCUCUCCCUUGAACCACAAGCGCGCCUUUUGCUCCGACGGCGUGCGCAUGAAGUCCCAGGUCAAUCAGAAGACACCGGACGGACGAACUGUGACCAUUACCGAGGACCUACCGCCGUGGCCGCAACCUGCCGGAAUCUUCGAAGACGGCACCACCUUCCACCCCACGGUAUUCUUGCGCGCAGUUACGCGGCUUUACGACCAGAUGAUUACCCGCAACUCGAUGGGCGGCGAGUACGCUAUGGAGUAUCUCGCGUUUGCUGAGAUGCUCCACAAGCGAACCGUUGUUGUCCCGACCAAUGACGUGCCCGCCGACGCGGCUGCAGGUGAGUAUCUAUGCUCAUACCGUGUACAGGUUUGCUGA